AUGGCUAACUCAAGCACAGGCUUCCCGUUCGAAAGGCUCUCCAAGAACGACUCCGUGCUCGUGGUUCUCGACAUGCAAGAGGGUCUUUACAGUGUGGCCCGCGAUUGGGAUGCCACUCUUUACCGUGACAACAUGAUCGCCCACGCGAGCCUCGGCUCUCUCUUCAAGGAUCUGCCCGUUAUCAUGACCACCUCAACCGAGAUCGGCCCGAACGGUCCCCUGCCCCAGGAGAUCCUCGACAUGUACCCCGACGCCCCUCUCAUCAAGCGUGAGGGCGAGGUCAAUGCGUGGGACAACUCGGAAUUCCGCGAUGCCAUCAAGGCCACCGGCCGCAAGCAGAUCAUUAUUGCCGGCAUUGUCACUGAUGUUUGCACCGCCUUCCUAGCCCGCUCGCUCCGCGCCGAGGGCUACUCCGUCUGGGCGAACCUCGAGGCUAGCGGCACCACCACCAAGGAGAUCCGCGACAUCGCCAACGACCAAAUGAUGCGCGCGGGCGUGAACGUCGUCUCCCUCUUCGCCAUCAUCUGCGACCUGAUGCGGGACUGGCGGCACACGCCCGGCGCCGCCGAGGUGUUCCCCUUCAUCGACCGGUACAUGCCGGCGUACGGCAUGGUGGCGCGCGCGCACCGGGCCGCCAUCGAGAACGGCACCAUCGUGCCGGGGGAGGAUCUGCUGCCUCGCUAA